AUGAGUGGAAGAUCCAGCAAUCAGCAUCAACCAGCUGCCGCCAGCAAGGCUACAUUCACGAACAUAUAUAAUAAUCCAGAUCCAAGACCCUACUUCCAGGCUUUGACGCCUCUGGAAUACACAACCCCACAGCAGCUUCUACCUCUAGUUCAGAAGCUUUAUCAAUUGUCAAGUUUGGAUGUGGUCAAUCCUAAGAUCUUGGACCUAUGCUGCUCAUACGGGAUCAAUGGAGGCAUACUUCGGCAUGACACGAAUAUGGAUACUUGGGCAGCUCACUACGACGGAUCAGAAUUGAACCCAGAAGAGCAGGUCAUGGCCGAUAAGAAGUUCUUUGCUGCUAGGGCACGACCUUUCAGACCCAUGGUGGUAGGACUCGACACAUCGGAGCCGGCCAUUCGCUACGCUCUAAACACAGGCUUGAUCGAUUCCGGCUGGUCAGAGAAUCUAGAGGCCCAAGAUCCUUCCACAGACCUUAGCAAAGCACUACAAGACGUAAGUCUUAUCAUAUGCACAGGAGGUGCUAGCUAUGUGGGUUCUAGCACCUUUUCACGCAUCAUGAGGGCUAUCGAGAGACCCGGCAAUGUCUGGGUGGUUUGCACUGUGAUCAAAAUGAUCAGUUAUGACGAUAUUGCGGAGACACUUCGUGCUCACGGGCUUGAGACGGAGAAGCUUCCAGGUGUUGUACUUCGUCAGCGCAAGUUUGUAUCAGCUGAAGAGGAGAGCGCUGUUAUCGAAAAGAUAGUUGCUCGUGGAUUGGACACAACGGGAUUUGAAGAUGAAGGUUAUCUUUGUGCGGAGGUAUUUGUAUCUCGUCCUAUUUCGGAAGUUUCUAGACCACCUGUGGGAGAAUUGGUCAAGGAAAUCAGCAGUGGCUGA